AUGCCAACAACAAAUAUCCAUUAUCUAAUGAAUUUUUGUCACUUGUAAAAUUAUUAACUAUUGCUUGCCCGGGUGUAUUAAAAGCUAUUAAAUUUAAUGAUGGAUUUAUAACCAUUAAAAGUACUAUUACCAAACAAACAAGAACAAAUAGAAUGUAUAACGUUACAAAUCACUAUGAAUUAGGUACAUUGAACAAAUCACAACAGACAGAAAAGAUUGAAAAGAUAAUUUUAAGAGUUGCGGAAAGAAUUUCUCUUGGUGUCGGAACGAGCAAAACAGCAAUAAGGAAAUGGAUUAGAAUUCGAAUAUUGCAAAUUCUUGGUGUAGAUACUGAUAAAUUGGAAGAAAGAAUAUUUAAAGCAUUAUUGCGUAUCAAUUUUAUACUUACUAAUGGAAUUUUGUCAAAAGAAGAACUUGUCAUUGUUGGUGCAAUACGUAGAUUCUUUAAAUCUUCUAUCAAG